AUGGAUAUCCGCGAACAGGACCGCUGGCUGCCCAUAGCCAACGUUGGCCGCGUGAUGCGACAGGCCCUUCCACCUCACGGAAAGCUCUCGAAAGAGGCCAAACAGUGCAUGCAAGAGUGUGUGUCUGAAUUUAUCUCCUUCAUCACCUCCCAAGCAGCUGAAAAAUGUUCUUUGGAAAAGAGGAAAACGCUCAAUGGGGAGGACAUAUUGUUUUCGAUGUACUCUCUCGGGUUUGAGAACUACGCGGAGACACUGAAAAUAUAUCUUGCCAAAUACCGUCAGUACGAGCUUUUGGAGAGCGAAGCCAGAAGAGAGAAGUACCGACAGCGAAAAGGACUAACGGCAGACGCUGACGACGACAACGGAAGCGACGCUGAAGGUAAUGAGGAGCGCGGCGACGACGCAGAAGGAGACUUCCUCAACUAUGAGGACGAGCUCGGCUUCGAAGGGUGGUAG